AUGGAGGGCCUAGAUCUGCCGAUCUUCAUGUCGGAGGUUAAUCUGGACGAGAUCUCGGGAAUCUCGUCCGCAGAUUUUCUCCCAGAUCUCCCAGAAGAUAUGUUCGCGGAUCUCCCGUUAGACGUACCCUUCGAUAUAGUCACACUGUGUGAAGACUCGUCAGAUUGUGCAGCUAGGGAGGGGUUGAUCGACGCCCAUCCUUCUGAUGCUCGCUGUGAGGCUACAGCAGAUGCUUCUGCGAGUAACGUUGAACCAGCUUCUGCUGUCAGUUUCCCUGCUUCCUCACCACCUCCCCCCACCACGCCCGGAAACCCCCCAUUGAUCCCCUCUUCCUCCCCCUCAACCUCCCCCAGUCCGCUCCUCAAGCUUCCCCCUUUCCACCCCCACCAGCCGCUGCUCCGCGCUGCUCCCCCUUCCGGGGGUGGAAGAGGAGAGGCGGUUGAGGAGGGAGGAGUGGUGAAGGGGGAAAGAGGAGAAGCAGCAACAGCAGCAUCAGCAUCAGGCUUAAUCGGGGGCAAGAGGGGCGCAGCAGGCGUGAACCAGCAAAUGGCAGCAGCAGUGGCGCUGAAUCGGCUGCUGCAGCAGAGGCAGAUGCUCAGUAACCCGGCAAACAAUCCCAAGCAGCAACUGCUACUCAGAGCUCUCACCGCUGCUGCCACCACAGGCUCGGGCGUUCCGCCAGCUGCUCUUGUCUCGGUCAUUGCAGCCUCGGCAGCAGCCUCGGGGGCUGCCUCGGCAGUUGCCUCGGCAGGAGCUUUGUCAGCAGGUUCGGAAGCAGGUUCGGGUGCAGGUUUGGCUGCUGGUGAAGCUUCUUGUGUGGGAGUGACAGGGGGGCAACAACUGCAGCAGGGACAGGAAAGUCAGCAGCAGCAGAUGGCAGUUUCGCUGGGCCUAUUGCAGCAACUUCAGGCACAAAUGCAGGCGCAGGCACGAAUCAAGGCGCAUGUACACGCACAGGCACAGGCACAGGGACUUGCACAUGCACCCACACUGCAGCAGCAACAGCAGCAGCAGGAGCAGAGGCAGCCGCAACAGCUGCAACAGCAGCAGCUGCAGCCACAACAGCAGCAGCAGCAGCAGCAGCAGCAGCAGCAGCAGCAGCAGCAGCAGCAGCAGCAGCAGCAGCAGCAGCAGCAGCAGCAGCAGCAGCAGCAGCAGCAGCAGCAGCAGCAGCAGCAGCAGCAGCAGCAGCAGCAGCAGCAGCAGCAGCAGCAGCAGCAGCAGCAGCAGCAGCCACAGCAGCAACAGUUACAGGUGAAGCUCCCAUUUGGAGGGUUUGCAGGGAUCUGUACUGCUCCUGCUACAGCUUCUGCUUCUUCUCCUGUUGCCGCUGCUGCUGCUGCUGCUGCUGCUGCUCCUGCUACUCUUGCUGCUAAUAGUGGUAACACGACCACGAAUACUGCUGUGGGAAAUGGUAUUCUCAAUGGCUCCAAGGCUCCCCUUCCGCCCGAAAUCAAGGCCAACGCAGCUCAGGUGGCUCAGGCAGUGCUUCAGGCGCCUCAGGUGCCCCAGGUGCCGAAUCUACCGCAGGGUUCUCCUGGCAAGUCUGGGAUGGAAAUCAACACGGCACUGCUUGCCUCUCUGCUUGCCACUGUUUUCUCCUCUCCCUCGUUUGCCGCUGCCGCUGCUGCUCCUGCAGGACACGUGGCAGCUGGGGUAGCAUCUGGACCGUCCAUCUCGCGCGUGAAGGACGAGGAAGAUGCUGUGAUGGAGGAGGCAGGGGCGUGGGGACGGUUGGGAGGGCUUGAGGAUAUGCAGCAGCAGCAGCAGCAGCAGCAGCAGCAGCAGCAGCAGCAGCAGCAGCAGCAGGAGCAGCAGCAGCAGCAGCAGCAGCAGCAGCAGCAGCAGCAGCAGCAGCAGCAGCAGCAGCAGCAGCAGCAGAAGCAGCAGCAGCAGCAGCAGCAGCAGCAGCAGCAGCAGCAGCAGCAGCAGCAGCAGCAGCAGUAG